CUAUACGUAUCACGCACACAGCUCCUAUUUUUAUAGUUCCAUGUAUAGAGCGUCCCCAACCCAUAGAUAAGGGUAUAACAUUGUACGGUGUUAUACGACCGCGACCGGUGGUUUAGUGCGCAUUUCCUAUUGUUCGGAAGUGGUUUUAUGUUAUUAUAUUUAUAUAUCAAAACAAAACUGAACUCGAGUUUCACAAGGUGUACGUACAGAUACUGUAAUGUUAAGACUAGUUUCCCGCGGUUUUUAAUGGUUUAUUAAGUAACCAUGGAUUCUGACAAUUCGGAAAGUGACAAUGACCAGAACAAUCAUAAUCGUCAGUUUAACACCACACAAACAGAAGCAGUGGUUAAAUGUCUCUUUGAGGUUUUAAAAACUAUAAUCAAGGCAUCGAAAAAGGACAAGAAAAGACAAGAGAUUCAGAAACCCACUAAAAAAGGCCAGGCAAAGCUUAAAAUAAAAAAAAAUAAAGUGGUUGAUGUAGGAACACAUAUUCAAGUAUUGUGUGACACAUUUAAGAACAUAGCUUCUACUUCGAGUCAAGCAAAGGUUUCAACACCUUCUGCAGCAAUUUCUAGUCAGGGUGAAGCAAUUCCUGGGACUUCUAGACAGAUUGAAGAGGCUUCUGGAAGUUCUGGACCUUCAAGGCAUAAUGAAGCGGCAAUCUCUGUAAAUUCUACACCUAAUAUUAAAAUAGCUCCUGAAACUGUGAAACAUGGGACUGAUAAAGUUGUGCCUUCAACUUCCGGUACAAAAAAACUAAGCAAUGAUAUACAUAAAAAUACAUUGGUAUCUAAAACUAUUGACUCUCCAAGACAUACUGAAAUAGUUGUUAUUAAUAUUCCAAGCAGUUUUAAAAAUGCAUUACCUGAAACUUCUAAAAGUCAGCAUGAAACUAUUUCAAAAAAACAUCCUGAUAACUUUGUAACUGAAACUUCUGCUAGCUUGAUCAAACCUGUUGAAGAAACCUCAAAAAGUCGCACUGAAUCAAGAAACUCUGUACAGUGCCAGAAUCAUACAGAAUGUAUGGUAUCUGAAACUACUAGAACCCACACUGCACACUCUGAAACUGCUGCUAGUUGCUCUGCUGCUCAGACUAAAACAUCAUCUGAAAAUUCUGAAUUAAGUUCGGCCACUAAAACAGUAAUAAAUGAAAUGCCUGGAGCAUCAAGAAUGAUUCAUUCAAAUACAAAACUCCAUAUGGUUUCAAUUAGAAAGGUAGUUACAGAAUCCACUGAAGAUAAUUCUUUAAAUAGACAUGACGAAAUCUCACCCACAGAAGGUAGUUCACAGACCAGCGCUAAAAAUAAAGUUGUUACCAUGGAGAGUGAAGAAAUAAAUAAUAAUGUUGCAGCUACGAAAAGAAAUCAUAUCAAUUCCAUUGUUGAUGAUCUGAAUAGAGCUACAAUUGAUCAUACAUGUACUUUGUGUUUAAAAUCAAUUAGUAAUGAAGAAUUUGCCAAACAUUACAAAGAUCAACAUGGCAUUCAUCAUGAAAUUCAACACAAUAACAGAAAUUUCGAAAACAAAAUUCAAGACUUAGACAAGAGACUGCAUAAUACAAGUAAAAAUAAAACAAACAGUGAGCGGAAAGACAAAAUAACCUUUAAUAGCAAUAAAAGAACGGCAGCUAGGUCAUCUUCUGCACCAAAUGCAGAUAUUGAACAAACUAAUGCUAAUCCAAAUCUAGAUAUAAUCGCGGAUGAAGCAAAAGAACCAGAUUGUAAGAAAAAAAGAACUUCAACAAGAUCUGAUUCUGCGCCAAACGUACAUAUUGAACCAACAAGUUCUGCAAGCCUUAAAGAAGAAAACACACAUAGUUCCGUGGAUACCAUUGUCAUUGAUUUGACUGAAGACAUUGAUCUUAAUGAACCUAAACCAUCUGCAAAUAUAAGAAUGUCUAAACCUGGUGAUGAUGAUCAAAUAUUAAAUGAUUGCCAGUUUACUGAUCCUAGUGAUGACACUAGUUUGUAUGAAACACGUAGUAAUGAAACAAAAAUUGCAGAGGCUAUACUUUUGAAUAAUGUAAAAGAAGAAAACGCUGCCAACGAUCAACUUGAUAGUGAUAUUGAAGCAGUAAGUAAUGUCUUCCCUACAUUGCCAAAUAAUGUAAAUUCGCCUGGUACAGAGAGUCACAUAACUGCUAGUGCUAAACACAUAACAGAAAAAAUAGAUCAGAGUAACUGUUUAAAAGAACGUAGCAAAGAAGAAAUUGUGUCUGAAACACCGGGGAGAGAAAUAGGCGUAGUCCCUCGGUCUCUAAUAAGUAACACAAAAUCAAAAGAUGAAACAUCCGUUACUCUCAAAGAAGUGACUGCGAAGAAGAAGAUCCUGUCUUCUAGUCACGCAGAUGCUUCAAAACCGAAAAUAGCGAACAAUGUCAAAACAGUGAUGUCUCAUAAAAGUUCUUUACCUCGUAUAGCUACAGCUGCUGAAACAGCUGAAAAUCGUACAGAAGUUAAUCUAAGAACUCCGGGAACUGUUAUUGAAAAAAUAACAGUAGCCAAAAAUAAGCCAAAAAAUACGCAACGUAACUCUCAAGAACGAAAUAAUAAACCUACAUCCAAUGAGAAAAUUACUAAUGCAGCUACUAUUACAAACGCACCUACAGUGACAAUGCUUAAUGCAACAACUAGCAUAACAACACAGCCAAUGCAAAAAAGUUCAAAUUUAAUUGAAAAUAACACAAAAUCUUCGAAAGUUAAUAAAUUAAAUGCUAAUAAUGCGUCAACUGAUGUACCUGUGUCGAGUCCAAAUUCAAUAAAUGACACAUCUAAACCACGAGAUGCUAACCAGCUCAAUGCUGCUAGAGAACAUACUUCCAAUACUAAAAUGAAGAGCAACAAAAUGAAAACAGUGUUAUCUGUUCCCAGACUCUCUAUUACAGUUACUGGAGCUACAGAUUCUGUACGAAAUUCGCCUGUUUCUGUGUCUUUGCCACAUUCAACUACCAUCACACCAAUACCAUCAAUGUUGAAAGCCGGUCAGUCUUCUGCUGGAAGUUCCAAUGCUUCUACAGCAGUAUCCCAAUUUAGUACAUCUUUAUCUCUAACGCCAAAUACCUCAGUAAACCCAAUAACUACAUCUUUAGUGCAUAAAGCUCUGAAGCAGCAAUCUCUACCUCAAAAACACACAUCCAAUCAUGCUUCUGUAUCCGUUUCGGCUACAAGCACAAAAUCAAGAAAACACUCACCUGUCCAAAACUACCACCCACCUGUUAUAAAGUCGACACACCGACGUCCCGUGUCACCAAUAUCGCAGUCUCAAAGCUCUUCCCAAAAUACUGAAAAUGUCUUACCUUCAAAUAUUAACACUACCCCAUCUACUACUAGAUCGGCCCCAAAGCAUCGCUCAAAUACAGUAAAAGUUAGCACAUCACUUUUUAAGAACACUCGUCCAAUACCGGGUUCUGGAUAUUUUACACAGUCAUAUCUUAAUAGAACUAACACAACUGUUCAAGUACAGUCUCCUCAAACGCCAUGGUAUCCGCCAUUUUUAGUAGAUGCUCCAACACGGGAGGCAAACACGUUAAGAUCAAAUGUUUCUUCGAGAAACAGAAACUUUAACCGACCAAGAAUAAAUACUAACGCGAACACAUAUAGAUGGCAUAUACCAGUAGAACCGAAUGAAAGAACAGAAAGCGCUCAAAGAGUAGAAGGAAGAAUAAGGAAUGUACCCUCUAACCAAACACCAAACCAAAGAUCAGUAGACAACCAAAGAGUGAACAACACUCCGUUAUCACCGAAUUCAGAAGUGGGACGACACAACCUCAUGGCAAGACAGUCGAGAGAUUUAAACCAAACACCACGAGCAGAAAACGGUCGUACUUGGCAUACACCUGUCCACGAACCAAGAACACAUAAUUAAUAUUUCAAAUUACAAAAAAUAUGAAACCAUGACAGGUGUUAACUAUUAAAUUAAUUUUUCGUAAUGAAUAAGAUUAAUUACACUUUCAUAAUAAUAAUAAUCUGUUUGUGUAGUAUUUUUGGAAGAUAUUUUGUGAAAAUUUUCCUAAAUGGUACCUAAUGUAGGUAUAUUUACUAUUAAAUUUAUAUAUUUCAUUUAUUUUAGUACUUAUGUUUUGCUGUGAUGAAAAUAUUUUUUGCAAUACUAUUAUGCAAUGUAAUCGUACAGUCUGGUAAAAAAGAGCAGAAAUUAAUAAGUAGCUGGAAGCACAUUAGCAGGUCCACUAGGCUCGCCGAAACGAAUCUUAAUAAUUCGCCAUCUACAUUUACUAUGAAACUGCGUCCAUUGGCGACGCGUGGAAUCUAAUUCACCGUUCAUAGUAAAUGUAUAGAAGGCGAAUUUUUGCGAUUCGAUUCGGCGAACCUAAUGGACGCCAACGUCGCCAACAUUAACAUACAUAUGUAUAUUGAAAUGAACGACAUUACACUGUUGCGAAGUUUUGUCUUCCAAUCUUUUUUGCCAGGUUUGUAUAUAGGUACGAGUGCUAUCUUGAAAUAAAAAAAACUAUUAUAAAUAAGAGAUAUAUUUUAGCUGUAAGUGUAUUAUCCAAAUAUUUAGUGUUUAAGUUAAAACUCUUAAUAAUAUUGUAACAAUCUUAUGUACUUAUUGUGAUUAGUGAUGUCAAAAUUAUCCACCAGUGAUUUGUUAAAGUCAAAAUGGCAUAGAAAACGAAGAUUUUUGUUGUAAUAUUUUGUCUAAGUGUACCUAUUAUGGAUAUGUGUACAUAAGUAUGUAGAGUCAGUCCAAGAUAAGUUACCAUAGUACCUAUUUUGACAGCCUAGCCUGUGCAAUUUCCAUAUAAGUAGGAUGACAAAGAACUGUGAAUAAUAAAAGUGAAACCAAAACUGAACCAAUUUAAGUGUCAUUGUGAGUAGGUACUUACUAAAUUCCGAAAUUAUAAUAUAAUUACGUGAAUAAUUUGUUUAACACUUUCGGGAACCAAGAACCCGCCUUGUGGGCACUCGUGAACUUUGCUCAGAUGGAGAACCCGCCUGGUGGGCACUCGUAAACUUUGCUCAGAUACCGGAGAACCCGCCCAUCGGGUUCUCGUCAUACAAGUGGGCGGUUAUAAAUGACGACCGGUUUCUGACGUAGUGCGCCAUUAUUUUUUGCCUGGUAGUGAAUGUUUUAAUAGGGAACUUACUGUAGUUCAAAUAAAAUAUUUUAUACGAUCCACGAAAUAAAGCAUCAAAUAAUUAUAAGAAAAACAUGGACAGAAGUUAUUUUUUAA